UUCACUACAUUAUGAUCAAGUGUUUGUGUCGUGGUUGUUUCCAGAGGAGGAAAGGUCGGGGGUGUCGGAUGCUGGACGUCUCCAGGGCCCGGCUGGAGGAGCUGAUCGACAUGGAGCUGUCCGUCCCCUGCAUGUCCAAGGUGCUGGGCGUGUCCAACCACACGGUGCGGCGCCGCAUGCAGCAGUGGGGCCUCGCCGUCAAGGAGAGCUGCCGCCAACUCACCGACGGCGAGCUGGACCGCCUGGUGUCUGCGAUCAAGGCGGGGUCACCGCGGUCUUCUCCACGUUAUCGUGCCAGAGGACAGAAGCUGGUGAAGGAGCGUCUGAAGGCUCUGGGUCACAGAGUCCAGAUGAGCAGAGUGUGUGAGUCGGUGCAUCGGGUUCAGAACCCGGGAUCACGUGACACACCAGCGAACCUCGGGGGGGAACCAACGCCGCUGUCACUGGUUCACGUCAACACCAACCACAAGCUGAGCAGAUAUGGAAUCGUACUCUUCGGUGGAAUUGAUGGAUUUUCCAGAAAGAUCUUGUACCUACAAGCCGCCAACAACAACAAGCCGUCCACGGCUCUGAAGUUCUUCCUGGAGGCCGUUGCCCGGAGCGGUCUUCCCUCCAGAGUCAGAGGAGAAAAAAGUGUGGAAAACACACACAUCGCCCGACUCAUGUAUAAAGUCGCUGGUCACGGCCGAGGAAGCUUCACGUCCGGGAGAAGAGAUCGAAACCAAAGGUAACGAAGGAUAGACGGCGUGUGGCGUGACGUGUGGAACGGCGUCUCCAGAGUUUAC